AUGGCCCCGGGGUGGAGCAGUCCCGGCGGCGGCCUCCCCCGCGCCCUGCUCCUGCUGCUCGCCCUUAGCCUACGGGCUCUCGCAGUAUCAUUUUAUGGUGAUAGCUACGUGGAGUUGAACAUUGCAGAAUCAUCCACUCGAACAUCACUGCAGUUACGAUUUCGAACCAGCAAGCCCCAUGGAUUGCUUUUUCUUGCAGCUGGAAAUGAGGAUCAUUGUUUGGUGGAACUGCACUCGGGAUAUUUACAGCUGAGAAUGAACUUUGGAGCAGGGGAACGAGUGCUGCGUUCUCAACGGAGCUCCCGGCUAAAUGAUUUAGCCUGGCACCUGGUUGAAUUACAUCAGGAAAAUUAUAAUGUCACAUUGGUAAUUGAUAAACAUUAUAGAACUAGUACAAAAAUGCCUGGGAUUCUAUAUCAAUUAAACAUUGAACAUGGACUCUACAUUGGUGGGAGCGGUACCCUUGAUGUUCCUUACCUUGAUAGAGCACUAACCAAUUUCCGAGGAUGUAUCGAUGACGUGUUAUUCAACCAGCAUGAAAUCCUAACAUCCCUGAGACCUUAUCCUGGGUUCAGAAAUGUUCAUGAAGUGUCACUGGGAUGCAGUGAUGAAUUCUUUGCAAGUGAAGACGAGCCUAUCAGUUUCUUUAGUUCCAAAUCCUAUGUUUCUUUCCAGCUGUGGAAUGUCCAGGGUGAAGGAUGCUUGGAGUGUGCAAUACAGACCUCAGCUCAGCGAGGCUUGCUGCUUUAUCAUUCUGGACGAGCAGGAGAUUUCAUUGCAAUGGAAAUUGAGAAUGGACUAAUUAAGGCCCAUAUUGGAAAGAGUAAAAGUAGAAUGCAGCUUUCUUCUCUUAAGUCAGUCAGUGAUAAUAAGUGGCACUUCAUUGAGUUAAAAUUUACUGCACAAGAUUUGCAGCUGAUGAUAGAUGGAGAAACAGUGAAAACAUCACUGCCUUCCCACAGCAAGAUACCCCUUCUUAAAGGGCCACUCUUUGUAGGUGGUGUAGAUGACAGCACACGGGUAGAAGUGAUAAAGUUAGAGCUAACCUCAGUUUCUGGAAAAUAUGCCAGAGGAGGAUCCUUCAAAGGUUGCUUAAGAGACCUGAAAGCCAAUUCAGAAAAGAGAUCAUUAAAGAAUGUUCUGGUUACAAAAGAUGUUUCAGCUGGAUGCAAAACAGAGAAUUCUUUUAAGACAAAUUCUUCUGUAGUGACAACAGAAAAGACUCCUCUUGUAACAGCAGCCUCCACUUCUGUCAAUUUUCCUGACAUCUCCAAACCCCAAGGCAAAGAGGAUAGUGGCCAUUUCUUGGUUCUAAAUAACUUGAUUGUCCCAGAGGGUGGACAAGCUCCACUUGAAUCUAAACAUAUUAAAGUAAAUUUAGAGUUUAAGAAAUUAGGGGUUCGUCAGUCACAGAUCUUUUUUAAAAUAAAGGAGCAGCCCUCUCAUGGUUACUUGAGGUUAGGUGUUGAACCAGAGCAGGAGAAGGGCACAUUUACGAUGUUAGACCUGUGGCAAGGAAGAGUUCUAUAUGUCCAUGAUGGUUCUGAGGACACUUACGAUAAUUUUACUUUUUCCAUUUCUGCCAGUAGUAAAAAGGACAUACCUCCAUAUCUGCAAGGAUAUGAGCAGCAUGUUUUUAGGAUUACCAUCACCCCGACAAAUGAUGUUCCUGAACUUAUGCUCCCUGAGGGAAACUUAUUUCUUUUGUUAGAGAACUCAAAGAAACGCUUGACUGCUGACCUAAUAAAGGUUUCAGAUCAAGACACAGACUCUGCCAAUCUCAGUCUUUCAGUACUUGGAAAUCUGAAUACAGAUGCAGGAUUUUUAGAAAAUUCCAAGAAUCCCGGGAGAGCCAUUAUUACUUUUUCUAAUGAGGACUUAAAAGAAGGCAACAUUUUCUUUGUCCACACUGGGGUCAAGAACUCGAGGAUUGUGCUGCGAGCAAGUGAUGGAGAGAAAAUGAGCAACACAGUUGUGUUGCGUGUCAUGGCUGUUCCUUUGGAUUAUAAAGUGGUCAAUAACACAGGAAUAAAAGUGCUACAAGGCAAUGCAGCUUUGAUCACACUCAGCCACUUGGCAGUUGAAACAAAUGCCAUCCAGCAAGAGAUGGAGAUACGAUAUGAGAUCACAGAAUCACCCCAAUUUGGUGAAAUUCAAAGGCAACAUUCUAGCAGAGAGUGGAAGCAAGUAAACACUUUUUCUCAGCGCUCCAUUGAGCGCAGCCGUGUGAGGUACUAUAGUAUUUUCAAAGCAUUGCAGCUGGAAAAUGUUACAGAACACUUUAAGUUUAAGGUUCACAUUGGAAACAAAAUCAGUGAUGAGCUUAUGUUUCCAAUCACAGUGAAAUGGUUGAGGUAUAAUUUAUUGAAACAUGUUCCCCUAGAAAUUGAAAAAACAAAAAAGAAAUGUCUGAAUUCAGAUAAUCUUUUUGCUGUGAUGGUGGAUAUAGAAAUACCUGAAAAUGAGCUUAAUUAUAAGUUGUUGUCCUUACCCAAGAAAGGGAAAAUGCUCCUUAACAACCACGCCUUGAAAAAAAAUUCAACUUUUAGCCAAAAAAGCAUUAUAGACCAUGAAGUAGAAUAUGAAUUAAUCAACAGACCCCAUGAGAACACUGAGGAUUCAUUUAGAUUCCUAAUUUUUACAAAGUAUUUGGAGUCAAAUGUCUAUGUUUUCAAAAUCAACAUUAAAGCAGAUCUCACAAGCAUUAUUUUGACAAACAAUGGCUUGACCAUAACUGAAGGUGAAGGAGCGCUAAUAACAAAAAGCAGAUUGUUUGCACAAACCCCGGAUAAUAAGGCCUUUCAAUAUAAAGUUACAAAGAGUCCUCAACAUGGGAAAUUAAAACUCAUUAACUUUUCAGAUUCACCAGAGAGUAAUGAUAACCUCACCGCUUUCAGUAACCAAGAUAUAAUGGGUGAACGCCUUAUGUAUGUCCAUGAUGACACUGAGACCAUGUAUGAUGAAUUUCUUGUCAUAGCAUCCACCAAAGAAUCAGGAGAAUGGGUGAGCUCUGCUGCUGGAACAGAACCUUUAUCAGCAGAGAUAAGAUUUAAUAUUUCUGUUGAGCUGAAGAAUGAUGAGAAACCAGUACGUGUGGUUGAUAAGGUAUUUCAUGUAGUUAAGAAUGGGCAGCGCUUAUUGACCUUGGCAGACCUAUGCUACCAUGAUCCUGAUUCUGAUUUUGAUGAUGGGCAGUUGCUGUACACUAGGCGUGGCAUUCCUAAUGGAGACUUAACUCUAGUGAAUGAUAACACUCAUAGACUCUAUCAAUUCAAACAAGAAGACCUGGAGCAAAAGCGAGUCCUAUUUACACAUAGUGGUGCAGAUUAUGGGCGCUUUGUGUUAUUUGUAACUGAUGGCAAACACUACACGUCUUCCCUCCUAGAAGUGAGUGCUUCAGAUCCCUAUGUUAGACUAGCAAACAAUACAGGUUUAUUGGUCCAAAAAGGAAAAGAGAGUACUAUUACAACAACUAACCUUAGUGCCAUCACAAACCAAGACAUUAGAAGGGAUCAUGAGAUUACUUAUGAGAUAUUCUUAUCUCCAAAACAUGGAAGAAUCUAUGUAAAUAAUCUAGCAACAGAUUCCUUUACCCACCUUGACCUAAAAAGGGGACAUGUGAUUUAUAGGCAUGAUGACAGUAACAACCUGGUUGACACAUUUAACUUUACAGUUUAUGCUAAGGCUAUCCACCAGGAUGCUGGAAUGCAUGUUCGUAUGUACUUGGAAAGCCAUCAACGUCCACCAAAGAUUGUACACAAUAACAACCUCUUAGUUGAAGAAGGAAAACCAGUUAAAAUCAGUAAGGGGAAAUUGCAGGUUGUACAUGAAAACAGUUCUCCAUCAGAGAUAGUGUUCACAUUAAGGGCUCUUCCAGUGCAUGGAUACAUUCGGAAGUUUGCAACAGAAGAAGGUUACCUUGGUGCAGAACAAAAGCCAGUUUUGACCUUUACUCAGCAAGAUAUUGAUGAUGGCAACGUUCAGUAUGUGCAGACAGUUUCUGACCAGCUACAAGACCAUUUUUCGUUGGAUGUGACCAAUGGCAUUCGAGUGGUCAGUGGAAUAGAAAUCUCUGUAGACAUCAUCCCUAAGCUGAUUCCAUUAGAAGUGCAGAACUUUACAGUAAUAGAAGGUGGUUCUAAAGCUCUGGUGGAAGACUAUCUAAAAAUUUCUAAUCAGCAUUUCACUGGACUCAAUUGUGAAUUUAUUUUAGUUGAGCCACCAAAGAAUGGGCAUGUUGGAAACUCUCGCUUUCCUGGAGUAAAGUUAACCAAAUUUACCAAAAAACAGGUAGAGCAAGAAUUAAUCUACUAUAUUCAUGAUGACAGUGAGGGGGUGAGUGACAAUUUUACUGUCAUAGCAAAUAACACAGAACUGUGGAAACAAAGUUUGCCCCAAACUAUAUUUGUGACUGUUACGUCGGUAAACGAUGAAGCUCCUGUUAUAAGUACAAACAAAAUACUUAGGGUUUGGGUGGGCUCAGUUACGGAAAUAACAGUUGAUGACCUCUGUGCAGAAGAUAAAGACUCCUCAGCAUCAGAGCUAGUGUACUCUAUUACUCCACCUAGCAAUGGCCACUUGGCUCUUAAGUCUUCUCCAAACAAAAGCAUCCUUAAUUUUACCCAGGCUCAUAUAAUGGAAGGACAGCUGGUGUUUGUACACAAUGGAGCAAUGUCUGGAGGCUUCAACUUUCAGGUUACAGAUGGUUUGAACUUUGCACCUCGACAAAUUUUUAGUAUCACAGCUCGCACUCUAGUUAUCAGCCUAGAAAUUAACAAAGGACUGGGAGUGUUUCCAGGGUCUAGGAAACUUAUUUCAGCUCAUGAUCUGAAAGCUGUAACCAACGAUGUGGCCAACACAGGAAACAGACCUAUCACUUUUACAAUUGUCAGAGCCCCAAAACUUGGAAGACUGAUCAGAAUAGACACUGACAACACCUCACAGGAUAUUUCCACUUUUACUCAAUCCAUGGUGGAUGAAGGCUUGAUCAUCUAUGAGCACACACAUAAUGAGGCUGUAGGCUGGAGUGCAGAAGAUUCCUUUACAUUUACAGUCUCCUCCCCACCAGCAGCUCUGGAUCUCCAGGUGUUUCUUGUUGCCAUUUCAUAUGAAAUUAACAGACAUGAUCAGAGUAGUCGCCUGCUUGCAAAUACAGGUGCUAUUGUUCAGGAAGGAGGUAAAGUCCUAAUCAACAAAACAAAUUUAGAUGCUUCAAAUCUAUUGGUUAAGUUACCUGAGGUGCAACGUUCUAUAUAUGAAGUCUGGUAUCAAGUUAUAUUUUUACCUCAGCAUGGCAUAAUUGUGGUUGGAGAAAGAAAUAUUACCAAAGAAAAACCUAACUUCUCACAGUACAUACUUAACAAAUUUGGAAUCGUUUACAUGCAUGAUAACUCUGAAUCACUUGCUGAUCAUUUCACUUUUGCUGUUUGGUUAAACCUGAAGAGUAAGUCUGCAAGAAAGCCUGAUACCGAUGUUAUGGAAGAGAUGUUUAAUAUCACCAUUGUUCCAGUGAAUGACCAAGUUCCAGAGUUGAAGACUAAAGGACUGCGUUUGAAAGUUCUGCAAGGAGAUACAUCUGUGCUAGGACCAGAAAAUCUGAAAGUCGAAGACUUAGACAACAGUCCAGGAGAGAUCAAAUACACCGUCAUUAGCAAUCCCACCAAUGGCUAUUUAGCAAUGAUGAACAAUCUCAGUACAUCCAUACAAGAUUUCACUCAAGCUGAUGUUGAUAGUGGCAGAGUUUGGUUUGUACAAGAUGGAAGUUCAUCCUCUGGGGUUUUUUACUUUAGUGUGACUGAUGGCAAACAUCGCCCAUUAUACAAACUUUUCAACCUUGAAGUCACACCAGUCUCUCUCACCCUAGUCAACCUUACUGAUGUGGUACUUCCACAGGGUCAGACCUCUGUCACUAUUACUAAUGUACAGCUAUCAGCUACAACAAAUGGAAAAAGUACUGACAUUAGUUAUGAAAUAACAGUGCCCUUCAAAUGUGGCCAUUUACUGAUUGGAAAUGAGCAGGUUACUAAGUUUGAGCAGGCAGACUUACACUCAGGAAGACUAUCUUAUCUUAUGACAAAUCUCAGUGCAUCCCGGGAUAUAUUGGAGUUUAUGUUGUUCACCUCAGAAAGUAAUCUUACAGGACAGGUACUCAAUAUCAUAGCAGGGCCUUUGGUGAAAGCUGCAUCUGACCUGAAAAUUCCAAACAGGAUGGCUUAUAAAUUAAGGAUCAAGGACCUGGAUGCUACAGAAUUAGCUAAUCUGACAAAUAGCAAUCCCAAAUUUGAAGUGAUAGUGCCCCCAGCUCAUGGAAGAAUUGUAAGAAGAAGGUUGAUAAAUGAUGCUACGUUUGUAGGAAUUAAUUUGUUCACACAAAAUGACAUUGACAGAGGUGUUGUGCUGGUUGAUGUAGAUGCUAAUAUGACAGGUAUUGAUAUGUUAAAUGACUCAUUCACAUUCAUACUCAGGGCUGAUGAUGUGCAGCCUGCUGUAGGCUAUUUUCAAUAUGUCAUAAUGCCAUAUGAUCCUUUACUUGUGCAGAGUUUUACAAGUCAAGUGCCUUUCUUAACCCACACUGAUACUUUAAAAAUUCAUACUACUUCCAAGGAUGAGCCACCCGUUUCCCAACAGGAUGAGGGACAUACGGAAGCACUGGGAAAGACUGUACAGAUCAGGUGGCAAAACCGAAAUCGCUGGGGAAAUCAAAAUGAGGAAGAGUCAUUGCUUAAUGGGGAACCAGUCGAGAGCAGAUCUGCAAGGACUGAGACCACAGUUAAAGCAAAUGCCAAAAGUCCCAGAGUGAAGCCACGUGAAAGCAGCAACCCUUUGUCCAUCAUUAUCCCACUUGUAUCAGUGGCUCUUUUACUCAUUGUCGCUGUUAUUUCCGUGUGUUUUUUUCUAAUGUGUCAUAAGACAGAAAAGGCAAAAUCUCUCAUCAAAAAUCAAACACAGACUGUUCCCAGCACUCCAGGUCUCAAUCCAGAACGGAGCCUGACCGUACCCAUGGUCACAGUGACGCCUCUUCCAAAAGGGGCUGAAAACAGAACAGCCACCCCAUUUGUGGCAGUCAGAUGUAAACAGCUCCUUCCCACACCAGUUGCUUCGGCUGAAAAAAAUUCUCUACAAAACAGCUGGUUAAACCUUGAUCCUGAAAUGCUCCAGCACUGUCGAAAAACAAACCCAACUUUGAAACACAAUCAGUAUUGGGUGUAG